UAGAUUUUUGAAAGCUCAAAUUUUCUUCAGGCAGGCGGGCGGUGAAUUCAUCACAACUUCCAUCGGAUCAUCCUUAACCGCUCCGGUAAAUGACGUCAUCAUCAUCUCAAACUCAAAUCCAAUCUCAGAAGCCCCCUAGAAAACCCCAACCACCACCCAUUUCCACCACCACACCCACCACCUCAAAACGGAAUUGGUCCCUCAACGAUUUCGAAAUCGGAAAACCCAUCGGCCGUGGCAAAUUCGGCCGCGUCUACCUAGCCCGCGAAGUCCAGAGCAAGUAUAUAGUGGCGUUGAAGGUGAUAUUCAAGGAGCAAAUAGGGAAACAUGGGCUGCACAGGCAAUUGAGGAGAGAGAUGGAGAUUCAGUCUAGUCUUCACCACCCCAAUAUUCUUAGGCUUCACGGCUGGUUCCACGACGACCUCCGCGUUGUCUUGAUUUUGGAGUACGCCCACGGCGGCGAGCUUUACCGCCAGCUCCGCAAGUCCGGCCACUUCUCCGAACCACAAGCCGCCUAUUACAUUGCAAGUCUCACGCGAGCAUUGGCAUAUUGCCAUGAGAAGCAUGUGAUUCACAGGGACAUCAAACCAGAAAACUUGCUUCUUGAUCAUGAGGGCCACUUGAAGAUUGCAGAUUUUGGAUGGUCCGUACAAUUAAAGUCAGAAAGCAAAAGAAUGACCAUGUGUGGAACUUUGGACUAUUUAGCACCAGAAAUGGUGGACAACCAAGCUCAUGACUAUGCUGUUGACAACUGGACAUUGGGUGUCCUGUGCUAUGAGCUUUUGUAUGGCGUUCCUCCAUUUGAGGCAGAGAGCCAGAGGGAUACAUUCAGAAGGAUAAUGAAGGUCGACCUCAGCUUCCCUUCCACUCCUACUGUGUCUGCAGAAGCCAAAAAUCUCAUCAGUCGGCUUCUGGUAAAGGACUCAACAAAAAGGCUGUCCCUUAAGGAGAUUUUGGAGCACCCAUGGGUAGUUAAGAAUGCUGAAAACACAGUUGCCUGCACAAAUUAGCUUAGUCCCAUUCUACUCCAAUCUCUGAGUUGGAGAUUACUUCUAGUUAAAGUAGUGAAGUUGUCUUUAGAACGCAUAUUCUGCUGGUCUCUCUCCUAUAAGUUGACUAGUGCUGACUUGCAUUUGUAAUCUCAGAAGAAGAAAACUUUAUUUCUUUUUCUCUUCAUUCGAGCACUAUACAUAGCAUUAAGUUGUAAAUUACUACAAGUUUAGUGCUUGACUUCUUGCUAACAUGCAAAUGAAUCUCACCGUCAAAGCACCGA